UCCUUCGGCGCCAACAGAGAGCCGCACCGGUGGAAUAUCAUAACCCCAAAACCAAGUAUCCCCAGCAAAACCACUCCCCACUGAAAAUCGUAUUUCACCGGCUUACUUACAGAUGGAGAACGGCAACUCUAAUGGCGUCCCGAAACCUGCGCCACGAAGCAACAAUGGUGGCCCGACACUUACACCGCGCAGUAGCAGCAGCAUUCCUGCACCCAAACCGCGAGCUAGCAGCGGUGGUCCAACCCCGGCACCCCGUAUUGUACAAAAACCGCAACCAGAGGCCAUGGUUGUUGAUUCGGUUCCGGACACUCAGCCCGACGACGAAGGAGCGGACUAUCAGCGAUGCCGUUUGUGCGCACGUCAUCAUGCCCUGCGCGUAUGCCACGUAUUUCGCGCAAUGCAGCCAGCGCAACGCUAUCUGAUCGCUCGUGCACACCACUUCUGUACCAACUGUCUUGCGCUGUCACAUCACAGCAGUGAAUGUCCCUCCGCUGGCGUAUGCAAGCUUUGCGCCCAACGCCAUCACACCCUUCUUCACCGCAAGAACACCUCCCAAGCACAUCCACCGCCACGUUCAGCUCCAGCUUCAGCGCCACGCUCAACAUCGGCUCGACGCUCAAUCUCGGCACCAUCCAAAUCCGCAUCCUACCGCUUGCGCCGACCGCCCCGCAAUGGAGUCACCUCCAACGCAUAUCAGCAGCCUCAAAAAUUCCGGCACCCAAAGAAGGUUCGUCAUACCGCACGUAUAGUGCGUAACAUAGCACCUCGGGGCAGGGCGACACGGAGUCUGGUUAAGGAGGCGAUCCGAAAGCUACGGGAGUUGGAGAGUAGUCUAUCCGCUUAACGCGUCUAGGGGCGGCAGGAUAGUUAAACGAGUUAAGAAUGUCGUUUAACACAACGCAAGAAUGCACCUUUCACAAAAUUGAAUUCCUUAAAAUUGUAAUUUGGCACAACGCAAAAGUGCACUAUGUAUGACAUUGAAUUGUUUAAAUUGAUAACUUGCAUAUUU